AUGUCUCUCCUCUCUCUCAAUUGCUGGUUAUUUGGAGACGAUGUGGAGGAGGUGUUCACCAUCAAAAUAUCUCCGACAGAAACCGUCAGCAUCCUCAAAAGCAUGAUCAAAGAGGAGAAUGCAUUCUCGUUUCCAGCGAAGACACUCAGUCUCUGGAAGGUUUCCUUACCCCUGGACGACCUCGAUUCUCCGUUGAGCAACCUUCGGCUCGAUGACCACCCGAAACUGUCAUCAGGAAAGAAGUUGUCCACUUUUUUCAAGGAUGCAGAUGCUGAGCGUCUUCACAUUAUCGUUAAACGUCCCAAGAGCGCGGAUAACCAGUCUCCUGCAUUGCCUCAACUUCUUUUAGUCAAUUGCCUGGUGGCAGGCGACCCCACUGAACAGAUGUUCACCAUCGAAAUAUCUCCAGAAAAAAACGUCAGCAUCCUCAAAAGCAUGAUCAAAGAGGAGAAUGCAUUCUCGUUUCCAGCGAAGACACUCAGUCUCUGGAAGGUUUCCCUCUCUCUGGAUGUUCCCGACCACAACAACUUUGAACCGACCGGGCGCGCUUUGCUACCACAGCGGACCUUGGCGAGCAUGUUCCCUGGCCCACUCGACCCGAACUGCAUCCAUAUUUUUGUGCGUCCCUUGCUGAUAGCUUCGAUUCAGUCGCCGUUUCCGCCGUCAUCAUUCAAGCCAGUGACGAAUGCGAAUGACGUGGCAAAGCGUCGUAAAAAGUUCCUCGGUCAGCGCCUGAAGCAAGCGCCCUCAGAUGGAGCGAAGCCCUUGACGUUCGAAGCCGAUCAACAGAAGGCGGCCAUUUACUUUGACCGGCCCUCCCAAGUGUGCGAUGCCCUUCCGAUAGAGUUACUCCACCCAGUUUUUGGUCAAUUUAUGGACGACUGCAAACACCACACCCCCACAACCGAAGAUAAUGCUUUUGUCGAGGCCUUCGUCAAGGUCAUGCGGAAGUUCUUCGGUAGGGAGAAGGAUCGACAAAAAGAAAUCCUGAAGGCAUUCAAUGAAGCCCGCGUCUUCAUGAAGGGGUCCAAGAUUGAGGACUUCAGCACGGAUGGCGAUCUCUCUAUUGGUCUUCUCCGGUACCUAAUUGCUGAGAUCAAAAACGAGAUCGGGUCUACACAUGCGGAGCCCUAUCUGCAGGGAAUACUGUACUACCUCGAAUCAACAAGGGAUCAAGCAGUUAGGUACUGUACUUCCGUUCUACCGUGUAUUGUCAUUGCCUUGUUCGGUCCUUUUAUUGGGUUUGCCGGAGUGGCUUGGACUGAUCGUCCCAAUGCGCAAAUCCUAUCAACUGUCAUUCCGUGUCAUUUCAGCCUUCAUGACAGCGAGAUGCGAGACAGGUUAGCACGCCAUCUCGGGGCCCUCCGACUUUCCCUUGUUUCGCUGGCGAAGUAUUAUGAAGGGCUGAAGCCUGUUGGACCAGCUUCUGGUUCUCCACUGCCACGUAACCCUAUGCUGCCAUAUCCAUCCUCCUUCUCCUUGGCAGAUUCUUCGGAACAACAAUUUACAUAUGAAUCACAGAAAAGGGGCAACAAUCUCCUCUUCUUCGGGCGCUUACUUGGUGGUGCUGCUGGUGCUGGCGCUGUUUGUAUAAAGUUCACCCGCCGUUAUUGCAGAGAGGCACAUGAGUUCUGUGCAUCACGCGGGUUUGCACCCAAGCUCCAUGGUUUCGAGCGCCUUCCGGGUGGGUGGUAUAUGAUUGUCAUGGAUGACACCAGAGAAGAAUACGAGGACCUGUUCGAGUUUAUCUCUGGGCAUUCUGAUCAGCUCGACGACGACUCUCGCAAUUCUCUUUUGGACAGUCUCAAGGCAUCCUUGUCGCAAUUUCACCAAGCUAAUUACGUACAUGGGGACAUGCGCAACUCGAAUAUCAUGGUCAAGAAGAGCGGUCUCGAUGGAUCUUUUUUGCUAGUGGACUUUGACUGGAGCGGGACUAUUGGAGAGGUCCGAUACCCGCUUAAUAUCAACAACGUCACAGUUACGCGACCAAGCGGUGCUUUUGAUGGUGAGCUGAUUACAGCUGAGCAUGACACUGAAAUGUUAGAUCACAUCUGGACUAUAUCUUAA